UAAUCGGUGGCCGAUCCUUGCUUAGAGUUGUUAUCGAGUUGCUUGUAAACAAGAUGUCCAAUGUGGGAAAGAUAAAGAUAAAAUCAUUCGCAGAACUGCAGGCCACCACUGGUAUAAAUGUGGAGCCGGACCCCGACCCACCGCCCACCAGUGAUAUCAGCACGCCAAAGAAGAAAAGCGCGGGAAAAUCUCGGGCAGCUACAACGACAAAGAAAGUCCAGGUGAAAACGGACCCACUCGGUGGUGUAACUAUAGCCAGCACUGUGAUCAAGCGGUCGAGUAAGAAGACUCCACUGCCAGGCCAAAUGCGCAUCGAUUCCUUCUUCAAAAGUACCUCCAAGAACUACAAAGUCAACAUAGUGCCAGAGUCAUCCGCUAAGUCGGUAGAUCCUCCGCUUGGCAAACGGAAAGGAACCUCAAGGGGACGCAAGCGCCUGUUCGAUGAGUCCACCCCCACAUUCAGCGCUUCCGCGGAUACAAUGGAUCUCAAGCCGCCCGAGAAGCGAGUACAGCCUGGUCGCCGGGCGAAGGGCAAGGAGAACGCGAGCCUCUUCGAAGCGGAAGUGAUUGACCUCUGCUCCGAGGACGAGCAAACAACCGAAAAUGAGCUGCCGCCGGAAACCUCCCCGAGUCCAGUGAGAAGUCACAAAUCGGCAUCGAAGCUCAGGACUCCACUGCACGCCCCCAUCUCAGAAGAGAAGCCUAGUAGUCCCAACCCAGAAGCGAAGCUCGGCAGCCCAGCCAGCGUUAAGAGCUCCCCUGGGCUCCUAAGAUCCCUGUCUGAAACCUUUUCCAACCCAAGUGAGAGCCCCACGCCGAAAAAUUCCAAGAAAGGAACUGGGCGCAAACAAAAAAAGCCAAAGCCAUGCCCGCCCUACAAAAUUGUAGAGGGAACAUCUUUCUGCGUCGACGGCUUUCAGUUUGGCGAGGUGGAUGGUGUCACACAUUACUUCCUCACCCACUACCACGCAGAUCACUACAUCGGCCUGACCAAAAAGUUCUGCUAUCCUCUCUUUAUGAGUCCCACCACUGCGCGCCUUGUGCGAACUUUUAUCAAAGUGAAUGAAGUGUGCAUCCAUGAAAUCGAUGUCGACCAAACGCUGGUAGUGGAAGGUGUCCAAGUUACCGCCUUAGAAGCUAACCACUGCCCAGGUGCCCUCAUGUUUUUCUUUAAACUGAGCUCGGGUGAAUGCAUCCUCCACACUGGAGAUUUUCGGGCGAGCGCCGAAAUGGAGUCCCUGCCAAUCUUCUGGAACCACGCCAACAUCGAUUUGCUCUAUCUGGACACAACCUACAUGAACAAAAACUACGACUUUUGUCACCAGACAGAGAGUGUCGACCGAGCGAUAGAUUUGGUGCGCGCCUUCAUAGAGAAAAAUCCGGCGAAACGAAUACUCAUGGUCUGCGGCUCUUACGUGAUAGGCAAGGAGAAGAUCUGGCUGGCCCUGGCUAACGAGUUCUCAUUGAGAGUUUGGACGGAGCCAAAUCGCAGCAUGGCAGCCAAAUGCCUACAAUUGCCAGAUUUGGAAGCCGUCUUAACAGACGAUCCCCGUAAAGCGAACUUGCACGUUAUUACCAUGGGAAAAAUUAGCUAUCCGAGCCUGGUUGAGUAUUUUAGUCAAUUCGAGGACCAAUUCGACAUGUUGCUAGGCAUAAGGCCCAGCGGAUGGGAAAAAAACAGUAAGCCAUCGUACGGAAAGCGAAUCAGCACAAUUGGCAUUGAGUACUCGGAGCACUCCAGCUACAAAGAAUUGGAGCGCUUUGUGCGCUUUCUCAAGCCAAAGCGAGUCAUAAGUACCGUUCCCGUGGGUCGUGAUCUCUUUGUCACUGGAAAGGUGCCUACCCAGUGGUAUAAGUACGAAGGUCGGGCAUCUAUGCUAAGCACAGGAUAUCAGCCAUCGAUAUCCACUUUUCUAGCCACGCCGCAGCGAGUUAUUCCAAAAGUAAGCUCAGAGACUGCAAUGUUCUUAAGCCCACUGGAGGAGAAUGAAGAUGACGGUGAUGAUGACUGGCAAACCGCCAAGUCAGCAGAUCAUAUUACUAUUUCAUCCAGUACCCCGGAUCAGGACUCACGUCCAGAUUCUGAAGUGGUCGUUAAAAAUGAAGCUCUGUUUCCAGACACGUGUCCCGAUUCUGAAAUAACUAUUAGAAACGAAUCCCUGGAAACAGAAAUUAUACAUGAUAUUGAAAUAGACGUUAAAUACGAAGCCCUCCAACCAGAUCUGGAUCCCGAAACAGCCGCUGUACCCUACAUCCCGGAAGAGGAUGAAUCCCAUGAUCUGGAGAUAGGAAAAGGCUCUGGAAGCCGUAGCACUGUUAUCGUUGUCCAGGAAAGCGAGGAGCAAACUAAAGCCAGUGGCAGCCCCUGUAAGGCGGCUGUAGUUAGUAGACUGAUGUCCGAUGCAUCCGACGAUUGGCUCUCGUAGCGAUUCCAUAGAAGACCAACGUUGUUUAAUGUUACACUUUUUAGAGUUUAAGCGUGGCUUCUAAUAAUUUUACGAUAUUUUGUUAUUAAAUAGUAAGCUCAGGAAUGCAUAUGUAAAGAUCUGUAGUUUCUGUUCAACUGUUAUAAUAUAAUGUUUUGAUGUUAAUAUAAGGCUUGCCUUUGACAUACAAAUAAUUUUAUAUAUACUAUAUAUAUGUAUUUUGCUUGAUAUAUAUAUAUUUCCACAUUACUUGGCUGCCUUCCUCCCUAAACUCAUUUAGUUUGGUGUGCAGGAUAAUCCGUACAUUAUAAAAUAAAUUAAGUUUUAGUUCAGAUAAGGAAACCAUUAAAUAUAUGUUCAUGCGAAUAACAAUAGGCAAUCUUGAUUUCAGUUAAGUUAAAACAAUUAAUGCUCCGAGUGCUAACGAAUGUAAAUGAGUUUUGAUUAUUUCACUGAUAUGCUAUAUAUAAUAAUAAAAUAAUAAAGAAAGUAAAUUUAUAAA